GGCUCUUUCUAAAUGCUGCAAUCUAACCACGUCAAGAAUGCUUUUGACAGCUUUAAGGCUGUUUAUUUGACGGACAACGGCUCUUUUUAACACUGUAGCUUUGUCCGCAGGCAAGUCAGCACCGGCCACGCUCAGAGAUCACACCGGUCUCUCUCUAUAACAACAAUGAGCAUGGUUUCUAAAGGCAUUAUGACCGUGAUGAAUUGGACACCUUUGAAUAUACAUUUGUAUGCAUGUGUAUGUGUCACCCGCAUGUUGCUCUCUCGAGUUUACAUUACCGACUUGGGUAUGUACAUGUACAACUGUAGGUUGCUGUAUAAUAAAGCCGUUCCUUGUUCUUUCAUGCAGGUGGGAGUUUGGUGGUGGCCGAGGAGUCAGAUCAGAGCAAUGCCUGCCAUGCCAUCAGUCACCGAUACAUCAUGUCACAGGAAACGCUGGCAGGUGCUUGUAUGGGUUGUGAUGUCUCUGCUGCCCCUAGUGGCAGGAGACAGGUCACGUUUUCGUGCAGAAUCCGAAGCCGCAGUAGGAUUUGCUGGGAUGGAGGAGCUGCCGUUAGAGGCUUUUCCAGACGCUGAGGAAGAGUUCGAGGAGGGCAGUGACUCCCCAUGGCACGGUUUGUUUGAGCCAUCUGUGCUCGUCGAGGACGACCAACAACCAGCGAGAUGGGAACGUUCCCCCCGCUCGCCGGACACUUCUGACAUACAGACCAAAGGUGCGCGCAAGAAAAAGAAGAAAAAAGAGAAGGAGGAAAAGAAAAAGAAAGAGAAGAGCAGCAGGGGACGGCAUAGCAGUCGGGACUGUCGCGUGGAGAAACGUGAGAUGCACGUGCGGGACCUGGGAAUGGGCUUCGACUCAGACGAGAUUGUCGUUUUCAAGUUCUGCGUCGGCUCCUGCCAGAGGUCUCGUGGGAACUACGACUUGGCUCUGCGCGCUCUGCUGGCCAACGGUAGUCUGCCCAAGCGCACGGCCAGGAAGAUUAGCGUACACCCUUGCUGCCGGCCCACGGGCUAUGAACCGGUCUCUUUUAUGGAUGCUACCACAACCUGGAGAACCAUCAAGUCCCUCUCCGCAGCAGACUGUGAGUGCGUGGGAUGAGGCGAGCUGAAGAGGGGAGGGGGAGCGUGACCUGAAGAAAUGGUGCAACGAGAGAAAAAGGAGGAAUCGGGAAGCCUCCUGGGCCGUGGCUACAGAACAAGGUCGGGUGGGUUGGCCAUGGUGAGGAGCUGUGAGGGAAUUUGGUUUUGCUGUGAGUGAUUCACAACAACAGCCUAUGCCUAAAAACGUUCAUCACACCAAACCUCGACAGAAAAGCUUGAAUGAGGUUAGAAUACGAAUUGACCGAGUCAGAGAGAUGACGAGAGACUCUUUGGGCUCAAUGUGGAGAGAUUUUGAGGAUGGAAGAACAGCAACUUUGGAUCGUCCAUCUGAACGGCUCUAUAAACAAACUACAUGUUAUAACUCGACGAGCAUUUGCUUACCAGGAGUUUCAUCAGACUUGGAUACAGCACGAAAUCCUGGUUCAUUUGUCAGACUCAUUUGUUGAUCCUGGAUGUCAGUGCCCAUUUUCCUGGCCUACAGUCUGGCAUGUAAUAUUUCAGCCAGAUUAGCAACAUUUGGAUCAUUCAUUAUUAACAGCACAUUAUUGUUGUAAUUACAAUGUAAUUGCACAAACAUAUGUGGAGUAUUAUUAAAAGUUUAGCCCGAUAGAAAACACACAGGCCAGUUAGUAUUACCCUUUCAGCUGGAAGCGCUGAAGGUUGAUUGUAUUUGCAGUAGGGUUUUCAUUUCUCAGGAUUUUUACAGGAAUGAUAUGAACUAUUUUUUAAUCUUACAUUUUUAAUCCUUUUUAAUACCAAAAAUAAAGAGGUAUUAAAAGGGUUCAUGUUUGAUGAGGCCAGUUUUUUAUAUAGGAAGUUGAUGAAAGAUAUACAGUAGUAAAAUGAAUAAAAUAUAUAAAAUUAAUAUUUGAUGCUUAACCAUAGGGGCAAUAGUCUUUUUCCAAUUUAUUUUAUGCUGGUACAUCAAAUAUUAAUGUACAAAGUACAUAUUAUCAUUAACAUACGUUACGUAAGCAUGAUGUCAAACUAUGUGAAACAAUAGUUGGAUUUAGCUACAUACCAACUAAAGGUCCGUUUUUAGCCAUUUUUAGCAUUCAUAUAUUGAUUUAGUUGCACCAUAGUUAUUUGGCCUUACACGUUUUCCCCGUUCUAGUUAACGACAAAAAAAGAAAUUAAUGUGCAUAAUGUGAUGUCUACCAGACUGUGCUUUAGCAGGGUCAUUAGCGUUCUCUUUUAUCAAGACAGAUGAUGACCACAAUGCAUUUGCCAUUGUUUAUUUGACUGUUACCAAAUGGAUGCCAUGCAUCCCUUAACAUUUACUGUACACUUAACAGAUAUCAUAUUUAUUUUUUCAUUUAAGUUAUUUAUUUAUUACCAUGUCUACAUAUGUGUCUUGUGGAUGUUUAUAUUUAUUGUUUAUACUUUGGCCUGUGUUCUUCAACCCCUGUCAUCUCACGAUGAACCAGCGUGGGUAACAACAAGGCUUUGAAGAAGAUCAGCUGCAAAAUAUCACAGUUGCGGAAAAACUAAACUAUUAAACCCAAAGGUUUUCGUGGACUUGUAGAUAACUUUGUCAUGAUCUGACAAGGGAUUUCAUUGGGUGCUUUUCUGAGUCCUCCAAGGGUUAUAAAACUCUGAGAGCACUUACUGGGAAGUCUCAGAUUCAAUUUAUGAAAAGGAAAUUAAAGUAGUUUUCUUCCAAAACACUAAGGAUGAGGGGGAGAUGGAUUGUGUUCUGGCUAGUCCAUCUGUCUGCCCGAUCUGCUGACCUUAAGAGUCCUGAUGUUUCAAUAUUAAAAGCUGCUCCGAAAAGACAUCUAAAAAUAUUGUUUUAAAAAGCUGACAACAAUUGCUUUGCUUCAGUAUUUUACAUGUGUUAUUUAUCAGUUAUAAUUGUUGUU